AUGCUCCCGGUGCCCACAGAACGGACAUCCGACAGACGGAGCAGCAGCAUCGGCUGCAGAUCCAUUGUGGGACGUCGCACGUCCGCCUACGUUCCCUCAUGUGAUCCACUCAAGCUCAUCGUGGACAUAAACAGUCAAGUGGCGCUCUUUCGUGAUAUGCUCAUUCACGUGGGUCAGUCGAAGGAUUGCCCAGAGCUGCGUGAGAAGAUCCGCAAGAUCCGAUUCUCCCUCGUGGAAGCCUGCCGACACACAUCCUCCCUCAUUCUGCCACAAAUUAGAACAGCUGUAGCCGAAGGAAUCGUUGCUGAUAAUCCACAUUUAGUGCUCCUCUUCUAUCUUUCGCAACUUUUCCUGCGAGAACUCAUCAAAAGCUACCGCCUAGUGCAAGUGAUACCCAUGGACAUGUCCGGAUACUAUGAAAACCGUGCUGGUCCGUCGAAUCUCGGCAAUGUAAUAAGUCAGAUCCUUCUGUGCAAACAAAUAACACCGGACUUCAAUCAAGAGGAGUUGUGCAGCAUUAACAAGGACUCACAAGAAAUCGCCCACCUCCUGGCUGAGAUGCAGGAGUUCAUGCCACAGCAGGAGAUCUAUCUUGAGCGGAGCGCUGCACUCACGGGCGAGGAUACAAAUGGACCCUGGCCGGCAAAGAGGCGACGCAAUUCACUGUACAAAAAUAUGGGUCUCUUGUGUUGCGUCUCCCGACCGAACUAUCUCUGAGAGUAACCCAAUUGGGUGGCAUGAUAGAGAAAGGAGUGAGAGUGAACAUGUAAUGCCCAACAAUUCAAUUAAGGCGAUGAGUAACAAUUUCAAUUGAGAAGCAAUAUUUUCCUCCACCCCAUUUUUUGAACCAAGGCGUAAAUCACUGUGUUUCAUAGGCAAAGUAAAGAGAAGUGUGAGGCGUAACAAACUAAGAAUUACUACAAUUUUAUGAUGCACAUAUAUAGAAAAAAAAUUGAGGUAGGUCAGUUGUAGUUAUAAACUUUUAUCGACAAUUUAUCAGUUGAUUGAGGGAUCGAUUCUGGAUAGAAUUCUCAAAAAAAAAUGGAUUGCGCCUCAUCGGCGUUGUCUACAAAGUCUCUUAAACACAUCAAAAUAAUCUCCAAUAUCCAGAGUCUUGAUCUCCAAAGUCGCACGUGUGUUAGUUGAAAACCAGAAAGGAUAAAGUGAAAUUGUCAAUUGCACAGUUGUUAGAGGAAACAAUCCAUUUUUACCCGAUAGAGAGAGUGUGAUCGUCAAUUAUAAAUAGGAGAAACUUCCAAUCUUGUUAUGCUGGCCAUAAAAGCAAAUUCAUUGGCAAUUCUCAACGAACCAUGCACUAUUUCAAUAUUUUAGUGCUCGACGAUGCGUUUUAUUAUAGAAAUUCAACCCCAUAGGAAAAUAGCAAUGAAUAUUUUAAAUAAUUUCGCCAUGCCAUGUUUUAUGUGCAUUUAUAAAUGUCGUUUUACACUCUUUCCUAGUCAUCAGAAUAUAUCGACUUUCUGCAAAGUGUGUUCGUGCAUUUUUUGGUUAGAAAAUGCGUAUUUUCUCAACUUUUGCUUAUCACCAACACUUCUAUCUUAACUAUGAAUAGUGAAAGAAUAACCACUAGGAAAAUUGUAGUGUAAUGAUAUUUAGAUGGAAAAGCGACGAUAUGUAAUUCCGUAGGUAAAUAUCUUUAUUAUAAAAGAGAAACCAAUAGUUAAAGAAAAUUCCAUAGAGAACAGUGAAUUUAUCGGAAUAAAGUGGAAUCAAAAAAUGAUGAUAAAAUCCAAAAAGAUAAUGACGACAGAAGGUGAAUACUUUUGUGGACCAAGUAAUAAUAUUUUUUAUUACAAUAUGUUUUCUUUUGUAUGAAUUGAAAAAGUUAUAGAAAUCCGGUGGAAAAGUGACACAAUCUUGAGAAAAUGGCAAAAGUGCAAACAUACAAUCAAAAAAAAAGAACAGAAUAAUAGUAAGAAGAAAAAAGAAACAGAAUUUCCACAUUUCUCUUUCUCUAUUCACAAUCCACUUAUUUAUAAAGAAAACCUAAUGAAAAAAAAACACAAUAUGCCCAUUAAAUAGUUAUUAAUAUAGAGGAGUGAAAAAAAACGCAAUUUAUCUCAAUGUUAAAGAUAUCUUUUUGAUGUUUGAAAAAUAUAUUUUUUGAUUAGUAUCAUAAGAAGAUAAAGAGAUUAUAUUAAAGUAUAUUUAAAAAUACCAUAUUUUCUGUGGAAUUGCGAAAAUAAACCAACAAAAUAUUAUCUAA